AUGCAGUACUACACUUGCAGUUUGCUCCUGUUGCUGAUUCACAGUCUUGUUGGUAUUGUUGACGGUGAGAAAUCAUUAAAACUCGAUAUCUAUCCGGGUUAUGGAUGGGAUCAUCUGCGACUUCUUGAAAUGAAUCCAGUUUAUGAUGUUUCAAAUUUUAAUGAUUCAGAUGUGUUUCAAUCAUGCAUUGAGAUGCUACCCAUUCGGCAAAGUAAAAUUGAUCUUGAAUCGGAUAUUGUUGAUUUGUAUGACUCUCGAUCAGUUGACUAUGCAUCUAAAUAUGUGAUGGAAGGAAGUCUCAACUUUGAAAAGUUUAAACUUGGUGGAUCAUACGAAUCAAAUUAUCAAAAAAUAAAAAAACAACAAAGUCAUGAGCGAACAAUUGCUAUUCGAAACGAGUUGAGUAUUUUGGUGGCCGAUGUUAUACUAUCAAGUAAUUGUCCGUUAAAUUAUCGAGUAAAAAAAGAUCUGAUAGAAAUUGCAAAGUAUUCUCAAAAUCAACCAUUAUCAGCAAGUUAUGCAGCACAAAUGUUUAUCAGAAAAUAUGGUACACAUUUUACAAGUCGAAUACAAUUGGGUGGUACGAUUGUAGAAGAGGAUUUUUUUCUAUUAUCCGAUUUCAAUUCAACCGAAACUAUUGUUCGUCAACAAAAAGCAGCAGCGGAAGCCUCAUUUUUAAAGACAUUUAAACUGAUAAAUUGUUCAUUUAUUAUAUCACGGAACAGUAGAAACACAACGGAAAAUAUAGCACUAGAUGAUUAA